AGCGGGUGCAAAAGAAGACAUCUGUCUGUCUACAGUAUUUCGAAUAGUCUGUCUUGGGUUACAGUAUUUCGAAAAAUCUGGCAACACUAUUCUACAUGGAAAUUGUGUAUGUUUGCGAAAUACGCUUAGUACAGAAACAGUUCUUGUUGCAAAUUUAAAUCAAUUCCCCUUUCUCUGUAGCAAAAUACUUCACAGAUUCUGUAUGAUGAAGUGUAGAAAUUGUUCUGGACAUUUAAAUGAGAAACUUCUGUAAAAAAUUAAGCACUAGCUAAUAAUGCUAGAAAAAAAAAUUAAAGUUCAAGUAAUCCUAAUGUAACAUAUAAGAUGCAGUUGUAUAAAUUCAGACAUAUUCAGCGUAUAUUUAUAUGAUAGGGCUAGAAAUGUUUUUCGUGUGAAAUGAUAACUUUAUUUUUAAUGAAGUGUUCCAGGAAAUCAAGGCAUUUUCAUAUCAUGCGUUAGAUAAGUCUUAAGCAUAAUAUAUAUAAAAUUAAUCACAUAUAUACUUGUGCAAGAUACCGAAAACAAGUAUGAAGCAUUCAAGAACUACGUUGGAUAAAAUUUUUCUUAACCAACGCAUAUUACAUCAAUGCAGAGCAUUACUGUCAUUUUGAAACAUGUGGCAAGUUAAAUAUCAAGACUAAGUUUUGAAUUUUGUAUAUAGGGUAAUCUUAAUGUUCUAGGACAUACAUAACAAAUUAUUUAAAGUAAAAAAAAAAAAAAAAAAAAAAAAAAAGAAAUAUUAAAAAAAAAAAAAAAACAUGUAUACCCAUACUGGAAAGAAGGCUCGUGUGUGUAAGGUGUGCAAUCAAUCACUGAGUCCAAAGUCCUUAAGCUCGCAUAUGCUUAUCCACACAGGAGAGAAACCUCAUAUGUGUGAAAUAUGUAAAAGGUCAUUCAGAUUAAAGGGAAUGUUAAAUAAACAUCUGCUUACUCAUAAAGGAGAGAAACCUUAUGUGUGUGAAGUUUGUAACACAUCAUUUACUGUAAAGGGUAGUUUACAGAAGCAUACUCUAAUUCACUUGGGAGAGAAACCACAUAUGUGUGAAGUAUGUAGUAAGUCUUUUUAUCAAAAAAGUAAUUUAAGAGAUCAUAUGCGUAUUCACACAGGAGAAAAACCUCAUGUGUGUGAUAUAUGUAAUAAGGCUUUUAAUAAAAGAAAUCAUUUAAAGGCGCAUUUGCUUAUUCAUACAGGUGCAAAACCUCAUAUGUGUGAGGUCUGUAAUAGGUCAUUUAGUCAAAAGGGUAGUUUAAAGGAACAUGUGCUUAUUCACAUGGGAGAGAAACCACAUGUGUGUGAAAUAUGUAAUAAAUCAUUUCAUCAAAAAUAUAAUUUAAAGGAGCACAAGCGUAUUCAUACAGGAGAACGACCACAUGUGUGUGAAGUAUGUAACAAGUCAUUUAGACAAAAGAAUUGUUUAAAUAAGCAUCUGCGUAUUCAUACAGGAGAGCGACCACAUGUGUGUAAGAUAUGUAACAAGACAUUUAGACAGACGGAUUGUUUAAGUAAGCAUAUGCGUAUUCAUGCUAGAGAAAAAUCUAAUUUUCUUAGUUGUGCAACGAAUCCUUUAGACAAGUAUAUUCAUAUAGAAGAAAAACCUUGUAUAUAAGGCAUGUAAAAACAUUUUUAUUAAAUGGUGAUUCAAAUGAUAACAUUUAUAUCUAUGUAGAAGAAUAAUCUUGUGACUUACGUAUGUAACAAAUCAUGUGGGCACAGGAAGAAUUUAUAUGUGUAUCUUCACAAAAUAGAAGCCCCGCGUCUUUUGAGGAAAUAUUAGAUUAGUAAGAACCUUUACUUACUAAUGUAUUAAGCAUUUGUCUAUACAGCAAGGAAACCUCAUUGUGUGAGCUGUUUAAUUUGUCAUUUUAUCAAAGUGUUUAAUAAAACUAUUCAUUUGUUUCUAUGAGAGAAAGACUUAUGUGUGGAACAUAGAUCACAAGCCAUUUUAAAAGAAUACUGGCUUGAAGCAAAAUAUGCUUAUCUGUGUAAGUCUUCUUGUGGAAAUAGUGGUCAUAAAAUGGCAUACGCAUAGGCUGAUCGAAAAGAAUCAGUCGAGUGAGUUUGUGUGUUUUGUAUUUCUUUCCUUCUGGCAAACUGGAAACCCUAACACUUAAUUGUGCUUUUUACAACAUUUUGUGAACACUACAAAAAUGUGAAUAUAAUGUUUUGAGUACCAAUUGCAUGAUUGUAUUAAAGGGACUCUGCAAAGGAAGUGUUAUCAAUAUGCUAAUUGCACAAGACUCGACAACAAUAACCAGCUUUUCCAUUCCUACCUCUUUAAUAGAUAUAAGAAAAUCCAACAAAGAAUUUGCUUAAAAAAUUAUGAACUACAUGACUUUAGUUUUGAACUCCCUUUUUUCCCAAGGUUUUCCAAUGGUUACUAUAAAAAAUAAUUUAUCCUUAUUAAUGGCACAUUGGCUAAGUUCACAAGUCGUUAUCUUUCAGAUAUUGUGAAAAUGUAACAUAUAAGAUAACUAUUAAAUGAAAAUAUGGUGUGGCCUAUGGUACUCAUGAA